CAUUUGUUUUCGUUGUCCUCAAAGUGGAAGAGUUGAUCAAAAAUGACUUGAUUUGUGUGUGAACGUCUUCACUCGAGAUUGAAGAAGUACUCCUCAUCUGCAGACAGAUCAUCUUUACCUGGUCGUAUCCAUUUUGCAUAACGAAUUGAGCUCCAAGAUGGAUAUGGAUGUGACAUGUCCCCGUUGCAAAACGACCAAAUACCGAAAUCCAUCUCUCAAGUUGAUGGUAAAUGUUUGUGGUCACGGACUAUGCGAAAGUUGUGUCGAACUUCUAUUCCUCAAAGGCUCAGGAAACUGUCCAGAAUGUGGGAUUGCUCUGCGGAGGAGUAAUUUCCGUGUUCAACUGUUCGAGGAUUCCCAAGUGGAAAAGGAAGUUGACAUUAGGCGGCGAGUUUUAAGAGACUUCAACAAGAAAGAGGAGGAUUUUGCUUCUCUCAGAGAGUACAACGACUACUUGGAGGAAGUAGAGACCAUAAUUUUCAAUCUUGUAAAUAACAUUGAUCAACUGGAAACAAAUAAAAAAAUAGAGAAGUUCAAGAAAGAAAACAGGGAGCUGAUCUUGAAAAACAAAGUUCGGGUGGGACGAGAAGAAGUUGAACUGGAACUAAUGUUAGAACAAGAAGCAGCCCAAGAAGAGGCUAGACGAGCUCAGAUUGCUCUAGAGGAAAAAGAAGAAAAGCGAAGGAAAAUUCGGAACAAAGAGGCUCUCAUUGAUGAACUCAUGUUUUCGAAUGCCAAUGCUCAGAGCAUCCUCCAAACAUUUGCGGAAAGUCGUGCCCAAGAUGGCCCUGCCAAGCCUGCUUUGCCUUCAGCGCCUGUUGCCGCACGGGCUACCCAGUUCUCAUCAGGAAUCCAGAUUGGACGUGGCAGUGGCCAAGUAGAAUUCCUCCCAGUUCCUAGGAUAGACGACACUCCGCUGUACCACUAUGAAGCGCCACAGCGGCUGUUCGACGGUCCAGAUCCUCCCUCAGGCCAGCAAGUCAUUCAAGAUGGUUACCUCAGCCACAUCAGAGGGGCUUCAGAGGAAGAACGUGCAGGAGGCUACAGUUCUCACAUUGGUUGUCUUAGAGCUCUGGAAGAUGCCAUGGCUGGUUUGUAUUAUAAGGCCAACCGUGGAGAGCCAGUCUUUUAACUGUAUGUUAUCGUAUGCUGUUAUGUAUGUACAUAUUUACAUUCUCCAAAUAAAAUAGUUUUUAUUUGAUCAA